AUGUCGUCUCACGGCUCCCAUGACGGGGCCAGCACCGAGAAGCACCUUGCUACUCAUGACAUUGCGCCCACCCUCGACACCAUCAAGAUAGUGCCCAAGGGCCAUGGCCAGACAGCCACAAAGCCCGGUGCCCAAGAGAAGGAGGUCCGCAACGCCGCCCUAUUUGCGGCCAUCAAGGAGUCCAAUAUCAAGCCCUGGAGCAAGGAGUCCAUCCACCUCUAUUUCGCCAUCUUCGUCGCCUUUUGUUGUGCAUGCGCCAACGGUUACGAUGGUUCGCUCAUGACCGGAAUCAUCGCUAUGGACAAGUUCCAGAACCAAUUCCACACUGGUGACACUGGUCCCAAAGUCUCUGUCAUCUUUUCUCUCUAUACCGUUGGUGCCAUGGUUGGAGCUCCCUUUGCUGCUAUCCUCUCUGAUCGUUUUGGCCGUAAGAAGGGCAUGUUCAUCGGUGGUAUCUUUAUCAUUGUCGGCUCCAUUAUUGUUGCUAGCUCCUCCAAGCUCGCUCAGUUUGUCGUUGGCCGCUUCGUCCUUGGCCUCGGUAUCGCCAUCAUGACCGUUGCUGCCCCGGCCUACUCCAUCGAAAUCGCCCCUCCUCACUGGCGCGGCCGUUGCACUGGCUUCUACAACUGCGGUUGGUUCGGAGGUUCGAUUCCUGCCGCCUGCAUCACCUAUGGCUGCUACUUCAUUAAGAGCAACUGGUCAUGGCGUAUCCCCUUGAUCCUUCAGGCUUUCACGUGCCUUAUCGUCAUGUCCUCCGUCUUCUUCCUCCCAGAAUCCCCUCGCUUCCUAUUUGCCAACGGCCGCGACGCUGAGGCUGUUGCCUUUCUUGUCAAGUAUCACGGCAAUGGCGAUCCCAAUUCCAAGCUGGUUUUGCUCGAGACUGAGGAGAUGAGGGACGGUAUCAGGACCGACGGUGUCGACAAGGUCUGGUGGGAUUACCGCCCGCUCUUCAUGACCCACAGCGGCCGCUGGCGCAUGGCCCAGGUGCUCAUGAUCUCCAUCUUUGGCCAGUUCUCCGGCAACGGUCUCGGUUACUUCAACACCGUCAUCUUCAAGAACAUUGGUGUCACCAGCACCUCCCAACAGCUCGCCUACAACAUCCUCAACUCCGUCAUCUCCGCUAUUGGUGCCUUGACCGCUGUGUCCAUGACUGAUCGGAUGCCCCGCCGCGCGGUGCUCAUUAUCGGUACCUUCAUGUGCGCCGCUGCUCUUGCCACCAACUCGGGUCUUUCGGCUACUCUUGACAAGCAGACUCAAAGGGGCACGCAAAUCAACCUGAACCAGGGUAUGAACGAGCAGGAUGCCAAGGACAACGCCUACCUCCACGUCGACAGCAACUACGCCAAGGGUGCCCUGGCCGCUUACUUCCUCUUCAACGUCAUCUUCUCCUUCACCUACACUCCCCUCCAGGGUGUUAUUCCCACCGAGGCUCUCGAGACCACCAUCCGUGGCAAGGGUCUUGCCCUUUCCGGCUUCAUUGUCAACGCCAUGGGCUUCAUCAACCAGUUUGCUGGCCCCAUUGCUCUCCAUAACAUUGGCUACAAGUACAUCUUUGUCUUUGUCGGCUGGGAUCUUAUCGAGACCGUCGCUUGGUACUUCUUUGGUGUUGAAUCCCAAGGCCGUACCCUCGAGCAGCUCGAAUGGGUCUACGACCAGCCCAACCCCGUCAAGGCCUCCCUCAAAGUCGAAAAGGUCGUCGUCCAGGCCGACGGCCAUGUGUCUGAAGCUAUCGUUGCUUAG